CGGUGGGCAAGACUAAGUGGAAGAAAAUGGAAAGAAGGUGACGAACAGAAAAGCCAUAUUCGUCUGCCGACGACUACCAGGAAAAACAUCGCCAGCUACAACCACAGAAACACCUCGACACAAUAUCCUCGCUGCCCCCCAUACGCGAGCCCUUUCGAAUCCUCCCCGCAUCCUCUCCUCUCCCUUUCUGCUCCCUCCCCACCCCGACCGAGAUCCUGGUUCUCCUUUUUCCUUUUUCUCUUUUCUUGCUCGGAGGGGGGAUCCCGUCUUUCACUCCCCCUUCCCAUCCUGACCUCCCCCCCCUCGUCCCAAGGCCAUGGUAAAGUAGCAUGACACAGAAGCCCACCAUUACUAUUACCGCCCGUAUAGAGAUAGUUGAUACCUGAUAUCACCCGGGCACAGAGUGGGAGGCUGCAUCUGAGCAGAGAUGGAAUCUCAGAUCGAGAAUGCCAUAGCCAUUGCGUGGGAUCCCUCUUCCGACCAAGCCCUUCGAAACCAAGCCUUCGAAUACCUUCAGCAGAUACGCGCCGACCCUCAUGCCUGGCAGGUCUGUGUCGGCCUGUUCACGAAGACGCCCAGGACCUCGGAAGUCGUCCGGCUCGUUAGCCUCGAGAUAAUCAACAAUGCUAUCCAGAUCCAAUCCCUGGAUGCCCAGGGCCUGGUCAGCCUUCGCGAUGCGCUCCUCAGCUACGUACGGUUGACCUAUGGAAGCAAUCCGCAGGCCCAGGUAGACUCCCCGAGCCUGCAGAACAAGCUCACCCAGGCCCUCACCACCCUCUUCGUCUCGCUAUAUAAGCAAGGCUGGGAAAGCUUCUUUGACGACUUCCUUGCCCUCGCAACACUCUCCGGCGGCAGCCAGCGGGACAAUGCGGCCGGCGUUAUCCUCUACUUACGCAUCCUCGGCUCUAUCCACGACGAAAUCGCCGACGUCAUCAUCGUACGUCAGGAUAACCAAGCCCGCAGCCAUACCGAACUCAAGGAUCUGGUGCGAGAACGCGACGUUGCCAAGAUUGCCCGGUCCUGGCAGGAUCUGCUUGCCAGCUACGGGAACCAGGACGAUGGCAUCGUCGAGAUGACCCUCAAGGUCAUCGGAAAAUGGGUUAGCUGGAUCGAUAUAUCCCUCGUCAUCAACGACCGCAUGCUGGGCCUCCUGCUCCCGCUGGUGGGCCGCUCCAACGACAGCGGCGGCGAGGAUAAGGUUCGAGACGCUGCCGUCGACGCCUUUACCGAAAUCGUCGGCAAGAAGAUGCGCCCCGCCGACAAGACGGAGAUGAUAGCCUUCCUCAACCUGCGAGACAUCAUAUCCCAGCUCAUCGCUAGCCCGCCCUUGAACGCUUUCCAAGGAACCCCUCGAUACGACACCGACCUGGCCGAAGCCGUUGCCAAGCUGGUCAAUACCGUCGUAGCCGAUAUAGUCCGGGUCCUAGAGGACCGAUCUACCGACGACACCACGAGAGCCAAAUCGAACCAGCUACUUCACGAUUUCAUACCCCUAUUAUUACGAUUCUUCUCCGACGAAUAUGAUGAAAUCUGUUCCACCGUCAUACCUUCGCUCACCGACGUCCUGACGUUCUUCCGGAGAUUACCCGAAUUGCCGCCCUCCUUUUCCGAAACGCUGCCGCCGAUCUUGAAUGCUAUCAUCAUGAAGAUGCGGUACGACGAGACAUCGUCUUGGGGGAACGAGGAUGAACAGACCGACGAGGCCGAGUUCCAGGAGCUGCGGAAGAGGCUUCAGGUGCUCCAGAAAACCGUGGCGUCGGUCGACCAGAACCUCUAUAUCGAGGUUUUGACCAACCUCGUCGCGGGCACCUUCCAGACGCUAGACGAGCGGGGGUCCCAGACGGAUUGGAGGGAUGUCGACUUGGCUCUCCACGAGAUGUACCUCUUUGGCGAGCUGGCUAUGCCCAGCCAAGGACUGGGCGGCAAGAGCCAGCCUUCUGCAGUUGCGUCAGAGAGGUUGAUGGCGAUGAUGACCAAGAUGGUGCAGUCAGGAAUCGCAACAUAUCCCCACCCGGCAAUUCUAUCACAUUAUAUGGAGAUAUGCGUCCGAUAUUGCUCUUUUUUCGAGAACCAGCCGGCGCUGAUCGGCCAGGUUCUCGAGAAUUUCGUCCGCCUCGUGCAUCACGACCACGUCAGAAUCCGCACACGAUCGUGGUACCUAUUCCACCGCUUCGUGAAGCACCUGAGGGCGCAGGUGGGUAAUGUUGCCGAGACGGUCAUCCAAUCCAUCGGAGACCUCCUUCCAAUCAAGGCAGAAGUUCCCGGGGAAGACGCCGACGACGAUAUGUCGUCCGACGAGACGGACAACUCUGCGGAUGCCGUCUUCACGAGCCAGCUCUACCUGUUCGAAGCCAUCGGCUGCAUCUCGUCGACCGCUUCGACGCCCGUCGAAAAGCAAGCGCUCUACGCUCGCUCGGUCAUGGACCCCUUGUUUGCCGACAUGGAACAGCACCUCCCGAGAGCCAAGGCCGGCGACGCCCAAGCCGUACUCCAGAUCCAUCACAUCAUCAUGGCCCUGGGCACGCUGGCGCACGGAUUCUCGGACUGGGCACCUGGGGUGAAUUCGCCUAACCAGCGACCGCCACCGGCAAAGGCGCUGUCCGACGAGUUUGCGCGCGCCGCCGAAGCCAUCUUGAUCGCUCUUAGGGAACUCAACGGCUCGUCGGAUAUCCGAGCCGCUUGCCGGUCGGCGUUCUCGCGCCUGCUCGGUGUUUUGGGAGCUGCCAUGCUCCCACAGCUUCCGCAGUGGAUCGACGGCCUCCUAUCGAGAAGCUCGUCAAAGGACGAGAUGGCCAUGUUUCUCCGCCUCCUGGACCAAGUCGUCUUCGGGUUCAAGGCAGAGAUCUACGAAGUGCUCAACCAGCUGCUCACCCCUCUGCUGCAGCGGGUCUUCGGCGGCCUCUCGGAGCCGAUCAAUGGCACCGACGACGAGAUCCAGCUCGCCGAAAUCCGCCGUGAAUACCUGACGUUCAUCGGGGUGAUAUUGAAUAACGAACUUGCCGGCGUGCUCGUCUCGGAGGCGAAUCAAGGCUUUUUCGAAUCGUUGGUUAACUCGAUUCUAGUCCUGGCUAGGGACAUCAGCCCCGGCUCGGGAAACCUCCCGGCAAGUCGGCUCGCGUUCGGAUUGCUCGCGAAGAUGGCCGGCGUCUGGGGCGGUCCGGAUGUGGCUAACAUCGCAGCCAAUCCCUCAGCCCCCACCGGGUCCGCGUCGCCCGUCAUCCCCGGAUUCGAUCAAUUCCUGAUCGACCGAUUUCACGCCGUAUGCUGGGAGGUGCUGCGUGAUCCGCAGUUCAACCCGUCGUCGGACGCGCAGGCUAAGUUGGUGCUGCACGAGAUCGCCGGGUUAGAGCAGGCGAUAUAUCUCAAGACGGGCGAGGCGUUCUUGCAGCACCUGCAGUCGACGCUUUUCCCGGGCCUCGGCAUCGACGGAAACGACCUGCUGCGGUCUAUGACGACGGCGACGGAUAAGAAGACGUUCUCGAAAUACUUGCAAGAUCUGCUGAAGAGUGCGAGAUGACCUGCCUAGAGGCAGGGGAGAGGAUGGGAAAAGGGCGGGGGAGACGGGAUGAUAGCAUUGAUGGUGGUACUCUGGAAUUGCAUAGAUAGGAGUUCGGCCCCCCACCCACUAUACCAAGGCGGCCACGGCCCUCGUCGAUUGCCUAUAGAUGAAAGGUAGGAGUCGCCUGCUAGCAAUGGCGGAGAUGCCGGCCUCUCGGCGCGUGGAUGAAUCGAUAAAAGGAGAAAAAAGACGGCGAGAAGAGAAUUCCCCUUGUCGCAUUCGGUGCCUCGACUGCUCGCGCAGCUGGCGUGCUCCGCGGCGCGACGGCCGUAGUUUGCAUCCGCUCGAUUGGUUAGUUACGUCUAAAAGGGGGGAAUUUGCCGGGUUAGACGGGCGGGCUGGCGGAUAGAUGGGCAGGGGGGAGAAGUAGGCAAUAUCUAUAUAUCUAUAUACUUACGUCUAUUAUAUACCUACAUAAUAUAAACUAUCCUAACGACGCCAAACCCCCCAUCCCCCGCAAGUACACCACUGUUUAGGCAGCAAAGUGUCUGUCCGCGCGCGGCGUCCGCGAGUAGAAAAUAGAGGUUUGCAGCGAGAGCGCGCGGUCCGUCGGGUUCGGGCCCGGGCGGUCGUG